GGCGGCCAGGGCUACGCGGGCACUGAGACGGAGCGACGCAGGGUCUGACUGGUGCGCAGCGGGCUGCUAGUUGGCGGGCGGCAGCAUGUUCAGCUGGAUGGGACGGCAGGCGGGCGGGCGCGAACGCUCGGGCGGCAUGGACGCGGUGCAGACGGUGACGGGCGGCCUGCGCUCGCUCUACCAGCGCAAGGUGCUGCCGCUGGAGGAGGCGUACCGCUUCCACGAGUUCCACUCGCCUGCGCUGGAGGACGCCGACUUCGAAAACAAGCCCAUGAUCCUGUUGGUGGGCCAGUACAGCACGGGCAAGACCACCUUCAUCAGAUACUUACUGGAGCAAGAUUUCCCUGGUAUGAGGAUUGGCCCAGAGCCUACCACAGAUUCCUUCAUUGCUGUGAUGUAUGGGGAGACCGAGGGAAGCACCCCUGGGAACGCUUUAGUUGUGGACCCCAAAAAGCCGUUCCGAAAGCUUAGUCGCUUUGGAAAUGCUUUCCUGAACAGAUUCAUGUGCUCGCAGCUGCCCAACCAGGUUCUCAAGAGCAUCAGCAUCAUCGACAGCCCUGGCAUCCUGUCUGGGGAGAAGCAACGCAUUAGCCGAGGGUAUGACUUCUGCCAGGUCCUACAGUGGUUUGCUGAGAGGGUUGACAGGAUCAUCCUACUCUUUGAUGCUCACAAAUUGGACAUCUCAGAUGAGUUCUCAGAGGCGAUCAAGGCAUUCCGAGGCCAGGAUGACAAAAUCCGAGUGGUAUUGAACAAGGCUGACCAAGUGGACACACAGCAGCUGAUGCGAGUCUAUGGGGCCCUCAUGUGGUCUCUGGGCAAGGUUAUCAACACACCCGAGGUACUUCGAGUCUACAUUGGUUCAUUUUGGGCACAGCCUCUGCAGAACACAGACAACCGCCGGCUCUUCGAGGCUGAGGCACAGGACCUCUUCAGAGACAUCCAGAGCCUGCCCCAGAAGGCUGCAGUGCGCAAACUCAACGACCUCAUCAAACGAGCAAGACUGGCCAAAGUACAUGCCUACAUCAUCAGCUACCUGAAGAAGGAAAUGCCGAAUGUAUUUGGAAAAGAAAAUAAGAAGCGAGAACUUAUCUUCAGGCUUCCAGAAAUCUAUGUUCAGCUGCAGCGAGAAUAUCAGAUUUCUGCGGGGGACUUCCCUGAAGUCAAGGCCAUGCAGGAACAGCUUGAGAACUAUGACUUCACCAAGUUCCACUCGCUGAAGCCCAAGCUGAUCGAGGCCGUGGACAACAUGCUGAGCAACAAGAUCUCAUCCCUGAUGAGCCUCAUCAGCCAGGAAGAGAUGAACAUGCCCACGCAGAUGGUGCAGGGCGGUGCCUUUGAUGGCACCUCAGAAGGGCCCUUCAACCAGGGCUAUGGGGAGGGGGCCAAGGAGGGUGCUGAUGAGGAAGAGUGGGUCGUGGCUAAAGACAAGCCCGUGUAUGAUGAACUCUUUUAUACGCUGUCACCCAUCAAUGGCAAGAUAUCAGGUGUCAAUGCCAAGAAGGAAAUGGUGACCUCCAAGCUGCCCAACAGUGUCCUGGGCAAGAUCUGGAAGCUGGCCGACUGUGAUUGCGAUGGCAUGCUGGAUGAGGAGGAGUUUGCACUGGCCAAACACCUCAUCAAGAUCAAGUUGGAUGGCUACGAGCUGCCGAACAGCCUUCCCCUACACCUGGUGCCCCCCUCUCACAGGAAGUCCCUGCCGAAGGCUGACUGAGGGUGCACUGGGGUGGGAGAGGAGGGAGUGUCUGGGCCUGAAGUCUGCUAUGCCGCUGACUUGCUGAAUGCCCUUGGCCAAGGUUCUGUCCUCUCCACAUCUCAGUUUCCUCAUAUGUAGGGUGGGGAGGGGCAGACACUGGAUACUAGAUGAGGUCCUUUUACCUCUAAAAUCCCUAAGUUUCUAUCAAAAUAUUUCUAUCUAAAUAUUGAGAAGAGUACUAUAUAUGGAGAUUAAAAGUCUAAGAAGAAAAAGAAAUUAUCCAAAGAAAAAUGCAGGUGUGGACACAGUCUGGGGAACUCAGGGAGUGAUCUGAGGACUGACAGGAGUCUUCAAAGCAAUUUGUUACCAUGAACCUCUCAGUCCUUCAGAGGGCACUGAGAAGCAGCAAAAAUGACAGAGGGCUUCUGCUCUCUGUAGACUGAUACCAAAGAGAAGACUCCUAGUACCCAGGUCUGAAAGAGGGUGGGCAAGUCUGAGUGCACCCAUUCCUCCUGAGUCCCCAGCUGAGUAGGCAGCCAAGCUUUGUCCCAGCACCCGGUGCAUGACCCUGCCAAGAUUCCCUCCAGCAAAGCUGGGUUCAGUUGGGAAUUUGGAAUUCACAACCUCUGUCAGCCCCUGGCAAGACCUCAUGUUGAAGUCUGAGGAUUGGCUUUUCUUUUCAGUGCAUGCAAUAUGUUGCAGCAAACUCAAUAAUUUAUCAGCCUUAAGAAAAGAGACAGUUCCCACCUGUCACUAAGUGUGCCCUUCGACCACUGAAUGUUCUCCAGGCUUUUUGGUAGGUGACAGAAAGUAGCAGAAUUUAAGUUCAACAAAGUUAUAUCUUGAAUUGUGUAGUCCUAGAGACUUUGGACCCAGAUAGAGAGAGACUAGCCCAGUCUAGAGCUAUUGAUUGAUUUUUAAGGAAAAACAUGCAUUUUAUUGUGUGUGCCCAACUGUGUUUUCCUCACAAGAAGCUUUUCUAUAGAAAUCUGUGUGUAAUACCUUUUCUUCCAGGCUAGUGUGCUUCCCAUCAGGAGUGCCUGUCUGGGGCCCGGACUGGUCUGCGCAACCCCCUCCACUGGCUCUUCAGUGUUCCAAGCCCCUGAGUGACUCUGGCCCACUCGUUCAGGGCACAGCUGUUGAGUACUCUCACCCUCACUUAUGCAGUAGGGGUCGCAGCACAGCAGUGACUCUUGGCCCAGCCCUGACAGUACCAGAAAUGAAUGAAUCUGAACAGUGCCCUGAAUCUUCAGAAAAACAUACUCCCACCCCUAAUUCCCUGCCUCUGGCAACCUCACAGUCAGAACUGUAGAUUGAAGAGAAAAUGCUAAAAGUUCACGUCCAUUAUCCCAGUACUUGGGGGGCUGAUGCAGGAGAAUUACCACGAGUCUGAAACCCAAGCUACAUUGUUAGUUUCAUGGCAGUCUGCUUCAAAACCAGGGAGAAUUCUUAUGUCACCAUCCACACUUCCUAUGUCACUUUCUAAAUGACAGUUUUAAGAGAAACAUGGUGUGCAUUUUACUUUGAAUGAACAUGUUUUGAUUAGUGGGACACAAAGGGGAAUGUUUGAUCCUGGGGCUGUAACUGAAGCAGGCAUUUCUGUGGUAUGAGGACCCUGGUGUCUAAUGGGUGGUGAUGCCUGGGAGGAUUCUUUCCCAAUUGUCUUGCUGCUUUUUCUCUGCACAGUUGUCAUAUAUCUGCAUAAAUAUAAUCACAAAUGUAUGACUCA